AUGGGCGGCGCUCCCACUCCGGCAGCUCCGGCGUCCAGCUCCUCCUCCUCUUCUGCCGCAGCCGCCGGCGUCGCCUCGCUCUCCCUCAGCGCGCCCGGCCCCUCGCGGCGCACCUCGCGCUCGCGCACGCCGCCGCGCCUCUACCUCGCCGUCGACUGCGGCGGCACCAAGGCGGCCGCCGUCGUCUGCGAUGGCAGCGGGCGCGUGCGCGGCCGCGGCUUCGGCGGGCCGGCCAACUACACCGACGUCGGCCUGGCGGCCUUUCUGCGCAGCGUCGACUGCGCCGUGCCACCGGCAGAGCAGCUGGACGCCGCGCGGCUGUCUCCGCCCACGGGCGUGGCGCCGGCCGAUGGCUCGCCGGCGCCGUUCGAGGCGGCGUGGUUCGGCAUUGCGGGCGUCGACAGUGCGGCAGACGUCACUGCGCUCUCGCCGCACCUGGCCGCGCUGCUGGGCCUGCCAUACCCCUCGCCGCGCCUCAUCGUCGCAAACGACACCUCGCUGCUCGCGGCGCCCGUGACGGACCCGGCGCACGCGCACAUUCGCUCCGGCGUCGUCGUGAUUGCCGGCACGGGGAGCAUUGUGAUGAGCUUUGGGCAGAGCGACACGGGCCUGCUCAAGACGCUCGGCCGCGUGGGCGGCUUUGGCUGGCUGCUGGGCGACGAGGGCAGCGGCUAUGCAGUGGGGCGCGAUGCAGUGCGGCUGGUGCUCGACCAGGCCGAUCGGGAACGUCUGCUUGCCGAGCCUGGCACGUCGAGUUGCUCGCCUGUGCGCUGUGGGGAAGAGCAGGUCGAGACGGCCGAGCAUCGCCUGCGCGACCGCAUCCUCAAGCACUGGGGCCUGUCCUCCACAGACGACCUCCUCAACGCCGUCUAUUCCAACGACACGCCGCCGUCGUUCCCCGCCAUUGGCGCCUCUGCCGCGCCGUCCCGCAAGCACCGCCUCGCCUCGCUCGCGCCGCUCGUCUUCCAUCUCGCCUUUGCGCACACCGACGCGACAUGCCUUGCCAUUCUUCGUCGACAAGCACGAGCAAUCGCAGAGCAAGUGUGCGAAGUGCUCCGUCCCGGCCCGAGCUCGGCCGCACAUCUGCGCGCCGACCGCAGCGUGCUGUGCUGCGGCGGCAGUCUCGUCGGCGUGGCGCGCUACCGCGCCGUGCUCGAGGAGGAGCUGGCGCGCCUGGGCGUCGUCUUUGCGCGCGUCGAGUACGUCGGCGAUCCGGCUAUGCGCGGCGCUGCGGCACUGGCGGGCGUGUGGGAGGCGAAGCAGACGGCGCCGUAG